AUGCCUCUCCGCAUGAAGCCGACCGCCUACGACGAGGCCGUCCUGCGCGCACAGAAACGCGCAGCCCGCAAGAGCAAGCACCGCUCGCGGCCUCGCUCCGAGUCGCUCACCCCGCCCCGCAACCCGCCAAAGGACCACAAGCGCACGCUCUACCUUGGCCAGGGCACCGACGACGACUACCACGGCCCCGGCGGCGGCGCCGGCGGCGACGACGACGACGGCGACUCGCACCUCCCUCCUCCUCAAGCCCACAAGCGCACCCGCACCGACGACGAGUUCUUCGAGGCCCUCGCCGACGCCGAGGCGGCCGACAGCGGCAUCGGCGCCAUCGAGGACGACUUCUACGCCCGCCAGGUCCCAGCCUACGCCACCACCUACGGCUCGGCCGCCGGCGCAGCGGCCGGCAUCGCCCCCGCCGCCUCGUACCUGUCCCACAUGGACGAGGACGAGUACGCCGAGUUUGUGCGGGCCGGCAUGUGGCGCCGCAAGAACCGCGACGAGGUCGAGCGCCUCGAGCGCCUCGACAAGGAGCGCCGCGCAAAGGAGGAGCGCGACCGCAAGGACAAGGACAAGCGCGACAGGGAGGAGCGCGAGCGCAUUCGGCGCCUCGAGGAGCGCAAGAAGCGCAAGAGCAAGGAGGAGGAGGUCGAGGCGAGGAGGAGGUACGACGAGGGCUGGAGGAAGCUGCAGCAGGCCGUCGCUGCGGCUGCGGCCGCACCACCUGCGCCACCAACACCGGCGUCGCCAGCCGCACCAGGCGCACCUACCCCCGACACCGUCGAACCCGCACCCGCCGACGAUGCCGACGCCGCCGCCCCUGCCGACCAACCUUCCUCCUCCUCCUCCUCCUCGACCUCGUUCCCCCUGCGCUUCACCGACUUUCCCUGGCCCGUCUACCCGCCCAUGGCCUUCCCUCCCCUCUCCUGGCCCUCCCUCGCCGACCUCACGCCCACCUCGAUCUCGACUUUCCUCCUCCCCGACUCGCUCCCGUCGGCGCAGCACAAGCAGACGCUGCGCCAGGCGACGCUCGCGUACCACCCGGACCGCUUCGAGCGGUACGUGCUGCGCGUCCCGGAGGACAAGGAGGACGUGCGCGAGCGGUUGAGGGAGCUCGGGCUGCGCGUGAGCCAGGUCCUCAACGACUUGGCCAAGCGAGGGUCGUGAGCGACGAGGGACGGGGUCGUCGAGCCGUAUUCUCUCUCACCUUGUUGUCGUAACUCGCACAUCGUUCUCUC